AUGGCGACCCGGCGAGCGGCGCGAAGCGGCUGGGAGGUGAGCCCGGCCGAGCCGCGGCGGCGGCGGCGGCGGGACUCUGCGGCCCGGGAGGACGCGACUUCCCCGCCGGUGCUGUCGCUCAGCCACUUCUGCAGGGCUCCGUUCGUCUGCUUCGGGGACGUCUGCCUGGGGGCCUCGCGCACGCUGCCGCUGCUGCUGCACAACCCCAGCGAGGAGGUGGCCGAGGUGCAGGUGCCCCGCGUCCGCGCCGCCCAGCUCGGCUUCAGCGUGGCGCCGCGCCGCGUCCUCCUGCAGCCUAAAGAAACAACUGCUAUUUCUGUUAACUGGACACCCUUGAAAGAAGGCCGAGUACGAGAGAUUGUGACAUUUCUUGUAAAUGAUAUUCUGAAACACCAAGCUAUAUUACUAGGAAAUGCAGAAGAGCAAAAAAAGAAAAAGAAGAGUCUUUGGGAUACCAUUAAUAAGAAGAAAGUUCCAGCCUCUUCAUGUCAUAAUAAAAGGACUUCAAAAAUUCAAAAUAUCAAUAAAACAUUUAGUGUUUCCCAAAAAGUCGAUAGAGUUCGGAGCCCGUUGCAAGCUUGUGAAAAUUUGGCUAUGAGUGAAGGCUGUUCUCCAACAAAAAGCAAUUCUUUAACUCUUGAAGAAAAUAAGAUACCCAUAUCACCUAUUAGUCCCACUUUUAAAGAAUGUCAGAGUGAAACUUGCUUGCCACUUUUUCUGCGUCGGUCUACUGCCUACUCAUCUCUUCAUGCAUCUGAAAAUGGGGAACAAUUGCAAGUAGAAGAUUCCAUUUCAAAGGGUUUUAAUUUUAAUGAGAAUGUCAUCACCGAAACUUCCUUUAAUUCCAUAAGUGUUAGUGGCCAAAGUGAAGAGAAUAAACUUGUUCUUACCCCAAACUGUUCUUCAACUUUGAAUGUAAUACAAAGCCAAGGAAAUUUUCUAAGUCCAGAUUCUUUUGUAAAUAACAACCACACAGCUGAUAAUAAUAACAAACCAGGCUUGGUGACAUGUCUCUCACCAGAUGCAUUUAGGACAGAUAAUUUAAAGCCUUUGUGUUUGGAAUCAAAAACUGUUCCUGAAAUUUCUCGAACAAUUUUAAGUCCAGAUUCUUUCAUAAAUGAUAAUUAUGGACUAAAGCAGGAUCUAGAAUCAGAGUCAGUCAAUCCUAUUUUAUCCCCAAGUCAAUUUGUAAACGAUAACAUGACACAUAUGUGUAUAUCUCAGCAGACAUGUGAAGUAUCACAAUUAUCAAAUUCAAGUUCUCGACUCCCACAGUUUCCUAAAGAUUGGGGGGGAAAUGAAGUUUUGCCAUGUAUUCCUGAAUGUCAGAGUUCAAAAACUUCCAAAGUUAUUUUUGAAGAAUUUAAAUGUAUAGAAAUGAAGUCAGAUUACUAUGGUUUUACAAAACAAGCCCAUCCUAGUUUUUCUUCAGUUCAAGAGGUUUCUCUUUGCAACCACAAGAACCAACCUAAGAGACGUCCAAUACUUUCUGCUACUGUUACUAAAAGGAAGCCCACUUGUGCCAGAGAAAACCAAACUGAGGACAAUAAACCGAAAGCAAAAAGAUGUCUUGACAGUGUAGUAGGUGAUUGUGAAAAAGUAAGAGAUAAUCAGAAAGAGGCUUUUUCUUCAUAUCUUCCAGUUAUAGAGCCAGUAUUAAGUAAAUCUAAGAGUUAUAAAAAUGAAAUAAGUCCUUCAAGGACACCUUUUGUUGCUCGUAAAAGAAAGAGUGAUGGGAACAUGGAAGUUGCAAAGGUGAAGGUUGCUGCUGCAGAGCACACAGAAGAGUGUGAAAUUAAAAGACUCCAGUUUUCUCCCUCUGAAUCUAAGACAACUUUCACAAAAACCAAAAAGAUGAUAACACCCAUCUCAAAACGUAUUAGCAACAGGGAGAAAUUAAGCCUGAAGAAGAAAACUGAUUCAUCAGUAUUUAAAACUCCCAUUUCUAAAACAAGCAAAAGAAGAAAACGCAUUGUUGCUGUGGCACAAUCUAAUUUGACCUUCAUCAAACCAUUAAAAACAGACAUUCCUAGGCACCCAAUGCCGUUUGCCGCCAAAAACAUGUUUUAUGAUGAGCGCUGGAAGGAAAAGCAGGAACAGGGCUUCACUUGGUGGCUAAAUUUCAUAUUAACUCCUGAUGACUUCACUGUAAAAACAAAUGUUCCUGAAGUAAAUGCUGCUACUCUACUUCUGGGAGUGGAGAAUCCACAUAAAAUAAGUGUCCUCAGAGCUCCUACGAAGGAUGAAGUGUCUCUCAGAGCUUACACUGUGCGGUGCAGGUUGAACAGGUUACGUCGCACAGCGUGCCGCUUGUUCACUUCUGAAAAAAUGGUUAAAGCUAUUAAAAAGCUUGAAAUUGAAAUCGAAGUUGGACGGCUAAUUGUUCGAAAAGAUAGACACCUCUGGAAAGAUGUUGGUGAACGCCAGAAAGUCCUAAAUUGGUUGUUGUCUUACAAUCCUUUAUGGCUUCGAAUUGGCCUAGAGACAGUCUAUGGAGAACUCAUUUCUUUGGAAGACAACAGUGAUGUCACGGGGUUGGCUAUGUUUAUUCUGAAUCGCUUGCUUUGGAAUCCUGAUAUAGCUGCUGAAUAUAGACAUCCUACUGUUCCUCAUCUCUACAGAGAUGGUCAUGAAGAAGCUUUGUCCAAGUUCACAUUAAAAAAGUUAUUGCUGCUGGUCUGCUUCCUUGAUCAUGCUAAAAUGUCCAGACUUAUUGAUCACGAUCCUUGUCUCUUCUGUAAAGAUGCUGAAUUCAAGGCUAGUAAAGAAAUUCUUUUGGCUUUUUCACGAGAUUUCCUAAGUGGUGAAGGUGACCUUUCUCGUCACCUUAGCUUAUUGGGAUUUCCUGUGAGCCAUGUUCAGACGCCAUUUGAUGAAUUUGAUUUUGCUGUUACAAAUCUUGCUGUAGACUUGCAGUGUGGUGUGCGUCUUGUACGAACUAUGGAACUUCUCACGCAGAACUGGAAUCUUUCAAAGAAACUCAGGAUUCCUGCAAUAAGUCGUCUUCAAAAGAUGCACAAUGUUGAUAUUGUUCUUCAAGUUCUUAAAUCACGAGGAAUUCAAUUAAGUGAUGAGCAUGGAAACCCUAUUCUAUCUAAGGACAUUGUGGAUAGGCACAGAGAAAAAACUCUUGGGUUGCUUUGGAAAAUAGCCUUUGCUUUUCAGGUAGAUAUUUCCCUUAAUUUAGAAGAACUAAGGGAAGAAAUUCACUUUCUAAAACACACACUGAGCAUAAGAAAAACAAUGUCUGCACUGUCAUGCCAUUUUGAUGCUGUCACUAAUAAGAAAAAAGACAAAAGGAAUACUGGUCCCCUGGAACAAUACAGUGACAGUGUGAAGUUAUUGUUGGAUUGGGUAAAUGCUGUGUGUGCCUUCUAUAAUAAAAAGGUGGAGAAUUUUACGGUGUCUUUCUCAGAUGGCCAGGUGUUAUGUUACCUGAUCCACCACUACCACCCUUGCUAUGUGCCUUUUGGUGCUAUCUGUCAGCGUACUACCCACACUGUGGAAUGCACACAGACUGGUGCAGUAGUAUUAAAUUCUUCAUCUGAAUCUGAUGACAGCACUCUGGAUACGUCUCUUAAAGCAUUGGAUCAUGAAAAUAUUUCAGAACUACACAAAGAGCUUCUAGAAAAUGAAAAGAAAAAUUUUCAUUUGGUUAGGUCUGCAGUUAGAGACCUUGGUGGAAUACCUGCUAUGAUUCAUCAUUCAGAUAUGUCAAAUACAAUUCCAGAUGAAAAGGUGGUUAUUACCUAUUUGUCAUUUCUUUGUGCAAGGCUUUUGGAUCUCCGUAAAGAAAUAAGAGCUGCUCGACUUAUACAGACAACAUGGAGAAAAUAUAAACUAAGAAAAGAUCUACAAUGCUACAAGGAGAGAGACAAAGCUGCAAGAAUUAUUCAGUCAGCUGUAAUCAAAUUUCUAAACAAACAGCGAUUUAAAAAAGAGGUUAAUGCAGCACUGGUCAUUCAGAAAUAUUGGCGAAGAUUCUUAGCACAGAGAAAAUUAUUAAUGUUAAAAAGGGAAAAACUGGAAGUAAUUCAAAAUAAAUCAGCAUCAGUUAUUCAGGGGUACUGGAGAAGAUAUUCCAGCAGAAAAAGGUUUCUGAGACUGAAAUAUUAUGCAAUCAUCCUACAAUCCAGGAUAAGAAUGAUAAUUGCUGUUGCAUCUUAUAAACGGUAUCUUUGGGCCACAGUUACAGUUCAGCAGCAUUGGCGUGCUUGCUUAAGAAGAAAACAAGACCAGCAAAGAUAUAAAAUGCUGAAAUCAUCAUCCCUUAUAAUCCAGGCUACAUUCAGAAGAUGGAAGCGGCAUAAAAUGCAAUUACAAACAAAAGCUGCAAUAAUCUUGCAGAGAGCUUUUAGAAAAUGGCAUAUCAGGAAACGAACAAAAGAAAAGUCAGCUGUUGUUAUACAGUCAUGGUACAGAAUGAACAAGGAAUUACGAAAGUACGUUUAUAUCAGGUCUUGUGUUGUUAUCAUUCAAAGAAGAUUUCGGUGGUUUCAAGCCCAAAAGUUAUAUAAAAGGAAAAAAGAAUCUGUACUGACCAUCCAGAAAUACUUCAGAGCAUACCUGAAGGGAAAGACUGAACGCACCAGCUAUUUGCAGAAACGAGCUGCAGCCAUUUGCAUACAGGCUGCUUUCAGGAAAAUGAAAGCUAAUAAUUUACACCGACGAACUAGAGCUGCCUGUGUUUUGCAGUCAUAUUGGAGAAUGAGACAGGACAAACUGCAAUUUUUAAACCUAAGGAAGAUUGUUGUCAAAUUGCAGGCACAUGUAAGAAAACAUCAGCAGUUGCAGAAAUAUAAGAAGAUGAAGAAAGCAGCCCUUGUAAUUCAGACUCAUUUCCGAGCUUACAUUUCAGCCAGGAAAGCUCAAGCAUCUUAUCAGAAAACAAGAUCUGCUGUCAUUGUCCUACAGUCUGCAUAUAGAGGGAUGCAAGCCAGGAAAACGUGUGUUCACAUCCUCAAAUCUAUUAUAAAGAUCCAAUCAUAUUACCGUACUUACAUUUCCAAAAAGAAAUUUCUGACCUUGAAAAAUGCUACAAUAAAGUUGCAGUCAAUUGUCAAGAUGAAACAAACACGUAAAGAAUACUUAGGUCUAAGAGCAGCUGCACUGUAUAUCCAGAGGUGGUAUCGUUCCCAAAAGAUGUCUGCACAAAGGAGAGAGGAAUACAUACAUAUGUGUGAAUCUUGUAUCAAACUGCAAGCUCUAGUUAGAGGGUACCUGGUCCGAAAGCAGAUGAGAGUGCAAAGGAAAGCUGCUGUUUCACUGCAGUCUUACUUCAGAAUGAAAAAGAUGAGGCAGCAGUACCUGAAAACUUACAAAGCAAUCCUUGACAUUCAGAAUUACUAUCGUGCAUACAAAGCACAAGUCAAUCAGAGGAAGAAUUUCUUGCGAGUCAAAAGAACAGCUACUUGUUUCCAAGCAGCUUACAGAGGUUAUAAAGUACGCCAGCUAAUCAAGCAUCAGUCUGUUGCAGCUCUUAAAAUUCAAACUGCUUUUAGAGGCUACAGAAAUAGGGUGAAAUAUCUAUCUAUGCUUCAGUCUGCUGUCAAGAUUCAGAGAUGGUACAGGGCACACAAGACUGUUUGUGAUGUAAGAACACAGUUUUUAAAGACCAGGAUUGCUGUGAUUUCUCUCCAGUCCGCCUAUCGUGGCUGGAAAGUCCGGAAGCAGCUCAGGAGGGAACAUGAAGCUGCAAUGAAGAUUCAGUCUGCUUUUAGAGUGGCCAAGGCCCGAAAACAGUUCAGGUUGUUAAAAACAGCAGCAUUAGUCAUCCAGCGGCAUCUAAGAGCCUGGGGUGCAGGAAAGAAGCAACAAAUGGCAUACCUUGAGCUCCGCCAUGCAGCUUUGGUGAUUCAGUGUACAUGGAGAGGAAGAACGCUGAGGAGACAGAUUGAAAGGCAGCACAAAAGUGCUGUCAUCAUUCAGUCAUACUAUAGAAUGCAUCUUCAACGAAGGAAGUGGAAAACCAUGAAAAAAGCCGCUUUUCUGAUUCAAAUGUAUUAUAGGGCUUACCAUAUUGGAAAAGAACAACACUGUUUAUAUUUGAAAACAAAAGCAGCCAUAGUUUUGCAGUCAGCUUACCGUGGUAUGAAAGUAAGAAAAAGAAUAAAGACUUACAACAGAGCUGUAGUCACUAUACAGUCUAAAUACAGAGCCUACAAAACCCAACAGAAAUACACAACCUAUAGAAGGUCAGCCAUUGUAAUUCAGAGAUGGUAUCGAAAUACUAAAAUUGCAAACCGUCAGCAUAAGGAAUAUCUCAAUUUAAAGAAAACAGCGAUUAAAAUCCAAGCUGUUUAUAGAGGUAUUAGGGUAAGAAGGCAUAUACGACAUAAGCACAAGUCAGCUACUCUUAUUAAAGCCACGUUUAAAAUGUAUCAGUUGAGAGUAAGAUACCAUGCAAUGAGAAGAGCAGCUGUUGUAAUUCAAGCAAGAUACAGAGCAUAUCAUCAAGGCAAAAUUCAUCGUGAAAAGUACCUGACAGCUUUAAAGGCUAUUAAUACUCUUCAGGCAAGUUUUAGAGGAGCAAGAGUUAGGCAGGCUCUAAGAAAGAGACAGAUUGCAGCCACUCUCAUUCAGUCAUACUUCAGAAGACACAGACAGCAAACAUAUUUUAACAAGUUAAAGAAGGCAACCAAAGCAGUACAGCAGAGAUACCGAGCAGUGAAGGAAAGAAACAUACAAUUUCAGAGGUACAACAGGUUGAGGCAUUCUGCAGUAAGCAUUCAGGCUGCUUUUAGGGGGAUGAAAGCUAGGAGACAUUUAAAAACUAUGCAUUUAGCUGCCACUCUUAUUCAGAGGAGAUUUAGAACUCUAACGAUGAGAAGAAAAUUCCUCUCUUUUAAAAACACUGUUAUUUGGAUUCAGAGAAGAUAUCGUGUACAUCUUGCAAAACGUCACUUACAACAAUUUUUUCAGUUACAUAAGGCAGUUAUUAAGAUCCAGUCAUCAUUCCGAGGAUGGAGGGUGAGGAAAAAGAUGCAAGAGAUGCACAGGGCUGCUACUUUGAUCCAGGCUAUUUUCAGAAUGCACAGAGCACGUGUGAGAUACCAGGCUUUGAAACAGACCUGUCUUGUGAUCCAAAAGCGAUACCAAGCAAACAGAGCUGCGAAACUGCAGAGACUGCAUUUCAUCAGACAAAGAUGUUCUGCUGUGAUCCUCCAGGCUGCCUUUAGGGCUAUGAAAACUAGAAGGCAUUUGAAGAAAAUGCAUUCCUCUGCAACCCUUAUUCAGAGCAGAUUUAGAUCUUUAGUGAUGAGGAGGAGGUUCAUUUCUCUCAAAAAAUCUGCCAUUUUUGUUCAGAGGAAGUAUCGAGCCGCCGUAUAUGCAAAGCAUAAAUUGCACCAAUUCUUGCAGUUGCGAAAGGCAGCCAUUACAAUCCAGUCCUCUUACCGGCGACUGAUGGUAAAGAGGAAGUUACGAGAAAUGCACAGGGCUGCUGUUCUCAUUCAGGCGACUUUUAGAAUGCACAGAACGUACAUUACGUUUCACAUUUGGAAGCGUGCCUCAAUUCUAAUUCAGCAGCAUUAUCGAGCAUACAGAGCUGCAAAAUUGCAAAGAGAGCAUUUCACCGGACAGGAGAAACACAGAGCUGCUGCUGUAAUACAAAGCACAUAUAGAAUGUAUAGGCAGUAUUAUUUCUUCCAGAAGCUUCUGUGGGCUACAAAAGUCAUACAAGAGAAAUACAGAGCAAAUAAAAAAAGACAGAAAGUGCUUCAACUCAGUGCAUGUAAGAAAGAGCUAACUUGUGCUCAGGCAAGUUUUCAGGAUGUAACCAUAAGGAAACAAAUUGAGGAACAACAGGAGGCUGCAGUUAUUAUUCAAAAGCAUUUUAAAGCCUUUAAGACAAGAAGGCAUUAUCUCCACCUGAGAGCAGCAGUGAUUUCUGUUCAGAGAAGGUACAGAGCUGUAUGGAAAAGCUACAAAACUAAGAAAUAUUUAUGUGAAGUAAAAGCUGCCUGCACGAUUCAAGCCUGGUAUAGGUGUUGGAGAGCACGUAAAGAAUAUCUAGCUGUGUUAAAGGCUGUUAAAGUUAUUCAACGUUGCUUCUAUGCCAAACUGGAGAGGACAUGGUUUUUGAAGCUGAGAACAUCAGCAAUUAUCAUUCAGAGACAAUGGAGAGCUAUACUUUCUGCAAGAAUAGCUCGAGAGUCCUUACCGAGACAUCAAGCUGCCUGUUUGAUCCAACCACAUUAUAAAGAAAGGCAGCUCUUUCUUCAGCAGAAAUAUGCUGCUUUGAUCAUACAAAGAUAUAUACGAGCCAGGAAGGCUAGCAAGUGUGAUAGGACAAAAUAUGGUGAAUUUUAAAAGUCGACAGUUACUCUACAGACACUUGUGUGUGGCUGGUUAGUAAGGAAAAUAGUUUUAGAACAGAAAGACAGAACUCGACUGCUCCGCUUCACAGCAGCUGCAUAUCAUCACCUGUCUGCUCUUAGGAUUCAAAGAACGUACAGACUUCACAUGGUGCUGAACCGUGCCAAGAAGCAUGUUAACUGGGUCAUCUGUAUUCAGAGAUGGUUUCGAGCAAGAUUACAACAAAAAAGGUUUAUUGAGAAAUAUCGUAGCAUCAUUAAAAUUGAGCACGAGGUUCAAGAAUGUCUGAACCAGCAAAACAAGGCUGCAUCAGUAAUACAGAAAGCAGUACGCCAGUUUCUCCUUUGCAAGAGACAGGAAAAACUUACUAGUAGAAUCACUAAAAUUCAGGCAUUAUGGAGAGGCUAUGCUUGGAGGAAGAAAAAUGACUGUAAAAAAAUUAAAGUCAUCCGACUAAGUCUUCAAGCUGUGAAUAGGGAGAUUCAAGAAGAAAACAAGCUGUACAAAAGAACUGCACUGGCCCUUCAUUACCUCUUUACCUCAAAGCACCUUUCUGCCAUUCUGGAGGCUUUGAAGCACCUGGAGGUAGUUACUAGAUUGUCUCCUGUUUGUUGUGAGAACAUGGCUGAGAGUGGAGCAAUUUCUAAAAUAUUUGUUUUAAUCCGAAGUUGUAAUCGUAGUGUUCCUUGUAUGGAAGUCAUCAGAUAUGCUGUUCAAGUCUUGCUUCAUGUAGCUAAGUAUGAGAAAACGACUUCUGCUGUUUAUAGUGUAGAGAAUUGUAUAGACACACUGUUGGAGCUUUUGCAGAUGUACCGAGAAAAGCCUGGGGAUAAAGUUGCAGACAAGAGUGGGAGCAUUUUCACAAAAACUUGUUGCUUGUUGGCUAUUUUAUUAAAGACAACAAAUCAAGCCUCUGAUGUACGAAGUAGAUCCAAAGUUGUUGACUGUAUUUAUAGUCUCUACAAACUCACAGCUCGUAAACAUAAAAUGAAUAUUGAAAGAAUAGUCUGGAAACAAAAAAAGACUUCUUCUGUAGGGAUUCCCUUUCUUCCAGAAACACCUAUAAGAACCAGGAUAGUUUCCAGACUUGAACCGGCUUGGGUUUUGAGAAGAGAUAAUAUGGAUGAAAUCAGGAAUUCCCUGCAAGCAAUUCAAAUGUUGAUGGAUACACUUGGCAUUCCUUAUUAA